CAUGAGUCAUGACGUCAGCGAUAUGACUUCCACGCCACGCCACAUGGACAGCUAAUGUCAUCCAGGGAAGGCAGGAUGCUAUUCGUACCUUGUGACCAAUAGCCGUUGGUACAUCCUCGUAACUAGCAGUUCGUGGUAGUUAACAUCAGAGUCAAGCGACGAUAGCAGAAGCAGCACACCGCGGGUCGUGACUCGACAUAAUCACAAUAAUGGAUAAUUGUAAUGCUGACAGCACGGAGCCAGCGCCAGACUCAGUGGGAAGCCCCGGAGGUCCCGGCGCAGACAGUGCGAUCAGCAGCAGCGGCGGUAGCAACAGCGGCCGUAGCAGCACCAGUAGCCAUACGAGACUGGGAGGUUCGGAAACAGCCUCGACAGAAAUUCCAGCGGCAAUCGCGGUCGGGGGAGGCCCCUGGGGCGCAGUAGGCGACACUGGCGGAAUCGUGCCUGGCGGAACAGCGGGAACAGGGGGAAGGGGAGCAAGUCCAGUAAUGGGGGGGCUAGGGGGAGCGCGGCCAAUGUCCCCGCAUCUGGAUUUGCGCGGAGCCGCGAUUCAGACAUUCCCGAGGGACGCUGCUGGCGCGCAGACGACCAUUGUGCUCCCGAACCAGCGCUCGGACGUGCUGCACUUCGCCCUCGAUAUCGGAGGUUCCCUCAUCAAGCUUGUGUACUUCUCCCGCAUCCCCCCCCACCUUGAACACGGGGCCUCCUUCCCCUCUCUCAUCUCCCCUACUGCCAAUGCUGCUGCUUCUGCUGCCGGCACUCCUGCUGGUAAUGAUUGCACGGACGGCUCCACCCAGACGCCCAGUGCUACGGCUUCUGCUGCUGCUGCUGCUGCUGCCGCUAUUGCAGCAGCCAGCAGUGCGGCCGCUGUGCCAAGAGCAGUUGACAGGAGAGCGUCGUUUUCUGGUGGAGGGGGUUCUUUCCGGUCGGGAGGCGGGGGGCGGCUACACUUUGUCAAGUUUGAGACAGCGAGAAUCGCAGAGUGCAUUGAGUUUAUCAAGUCCAAGAGGCUUCACAGCUUCGAUAUUCUGGGAAUGGGUGGCGACGAGGAGAGCCUAUGGGGCUAUGGGUCCAGCUCACCUCACAUCAAGGCCACAGGGGGCGGGGCGUUCAAGUAUACGGAUCUGUUCAGGGAGAAGCUGGGAGUGGUGCUGGACAAGGAGGACGAGAUGCGCUGCCUCGUGCUCGGACUCAACUUCCUGCUCAGGUCCAUCCGCGACGAGGCGUUCACGCACCUGGAGGGCGAGAAGCAGUUUGUGGAGAUGCAUGCUGGAAACAUCUUCCCCUACCUGCUCGUCAACAUCGGCUCGGGCGUCAGCAUCCUCAAGGUGGAUGGCCCGCAGCAGUACGAGCGGGUCAGUGGCACCAACCUGGGGGGCGGCACCUUCUGGGGGCUUGGCAGCCUGCUCACAGGGUGCAAGAGUUUUGACAAGAUACUGGAGCUCAGUCAGGAGGGUGAUAACUCGGCUGUGGACAUGCUGGUGGGCGACAUUUAUGGCGGACUCAACUAUGAGAAGAUUGGCUUAUCCGCGUCCACCAUCGCAUCCAGCUUCGGCCGCGUGGUGGGCGAGCAGAAACAGCUGGCGGACUACCGGCCGGAGGACAUUGCCCUCUCUCUCCUGCGCAUGGUGUCGUACAACAUCGGGCAGAUCGCGUACCUCAACGCGCUGCGCUACGGGCUCAAGCGCAUUUUCUUUGGGGGGUUCUUCAUACGCGGCCACGCGUACACCAUGGACACCAUCUCCUUCGCCAUCAAGUUCUGGUCCAAGGGUGAGAAGCAGGCCAUGUUUCUGCGGCACGAGGGCUACCUGGGAGCGCUGGGCGCCUUCCUCGCGCACGAGGAGGACGCUCAUGCAGAGGGGCGCGGACUCUCUCUGACCCCCGGCAUCGCGUCGCUCUCGUCCCUCACCCCCUCGCAACUCGUGGAGCGCUUCCCCAUGGGCGCGCCAUUUUCAAAGGGAGAGAUCAGAGGCCCGGUGAUUCGAGGGCUCAAGGAGAAGGUGUCGUGGGUGGAGAAGUUUGUGCAGGUGGGGAGCGACAUAACAGCACCCACGCCGACAGGCAAGCCCCCAACAACGACGGGGUUGGGAGGGUUUGCGCGGCCGCGGGAGCAGGGCAAGGAGCUGAGGUCAGACGAGUCGGCGCUCAACGUGGGCGUGCUGCACCUCGUGCCGUCCCUGGAAGUGUUCCCCUUGCUGGCGGAUCCCCUCAGCUACGAGCCCAACACGGUGGACCUCUCAGACCCCGAUGAGAGGGAGUAUUGGCUCGGGAUUCUUCAGGAUCACAUUCCCAACCUCGUGGAGAAGGCAGUGGCCAGUGAGGGAGCCACGGAGGAUGCUAGGCGGCGGGGGGAUGCGUUUGCGUUGGCCUUUAGGGCGCACCUCACCAGGCUGCGAGAGGAGCCAGCAGCGUACGGGCGGCUGGGGCUGGCAACGCUGCUGGAGAUGCGGGAGGAGUGCCUGAGGGAGUUCCACUUCUUCGAUGCGUACCGCGCCGUCAAGCAGAGGGAGAACGACGUUUCGCUGUCAGUGCUUCCCGACCUCCUUGCCGAGCUGGACAGCAUCCCCCCUGACGAGCGUCUGCUGACAGUGGUGGGGGGGGUACUAGCAGCGAACAUAUUUGACUGGGGGUCGCGGGAGUGUGUGAAGCUGUACCGCAGCGGCACCAUCCUCGACAUCUACCGCAUGAGUCGCGACAAGAUGAAGCGCCCCUGGCGGGUCGACGACUUUGACGCCUUCCACCAGCGCUGGCAGCAGCGGCCGUACAGCAAGGCGCUGCUGUUUGUGGACAAUGCUGGGGCUGAUGUCGUGCUGGGGAUGCUGCCUCUUGCGAGGGAGAUGCUACGAGCCGGGAUGAAUGUGGUGCUGGUGGCGAACUCGCUGCCGGCCAUCAACGACGUCACAGCAGAGGAGCUCACCGCCGUGGUGGCAGAGGCAGCUAAGCAAUGCCCCGUGCUGAGGGCGGCAGCAGAGGCAGGAGGGGUCAUGGCUGCUGCUGCCUUUCAGUCGAAUCAAGAGCCACAACAGGGAGCGGACGAGCAGCAGGGGGAGGGGAUUCAAGCACAGCAGGCAGAGCAGUCACCGGUGCUGCAGGAGCAACAGGAGCAGCAGCAGCAGCAGCAGGAUGGGGAGCAGCGGCAGGUGUUUUUGUCGGUGGUGGCAAGUGGGUCUGGCAGCCCAUGUGUUGACUUCAGACAAGUCACCUGGGAGCUGGCUGAGGUUUGCCAAGGGGCUGACCUGGUUGUGCUCGAGGGUAUGGGGCGCAGUCUGCACACCAACUACGACACACGCUUCACAUGUGACUCUCUUAAGUUGGCGAUGAUAAAGAAUGAACGACUUGCAAAGAGGUUGGUGGAUGGCAGCAUGUAUGAUUGCGUCUGUAGGUUCCAACCGGGGACCACGGCUCUUAGGGUAGAGGUCAAGAGAUAGCUUUGAAUGGCAAUUAGGCUGAGGGGAUGGCAUGGAUAAUUGCCGAUGAUGGCUGCAAUUAAGCAAUAGGAAAAAGUUAACGCCCACUGGAGUGCAGGUUUUCCACAUGAACGAGCUGAUAAACCAGUUUGGAAGAG